CCUCCUCCUCUUCCUCCCUGGGUCUGUCUGUGAGAGCUGCUGCUUCCUGGAGGUGAAGAGACGCUGAAGUGUUGGCAGAGAGGUUCUGAAGGUUCUCUGAGGAGGUUCUGGUUGCUCUCUGACAGAAGAUGAAGGUUCUGCUGCUGCUGGUUGGGAUCCUGCUGCAUGGGCCCCCGUGGGUCACGGCUCUACAGGUGUUUGAGGGGGACCCGUUUGUUCUGCUGCCCUGUAAGUUGUCCUCUGUGGACCUGAAGAACGCCACCGUGGUGUGGAGCCGGUCCGAUCUCAGUCCUUCAACUGUUCACCAGCGCGGACCUGAAGGAGACGAACUGAUGGGGCAGAACCGGCUCUAUAGGAGCAGAACCUCCAUGAGAGCCGACGCUCUGGAAACUGGAGACCUGAGCCUGAAUGUGACCCGGCUGAAGCCGUCCGACGCCGGAAACUACACCUGCAGCCGAGACGGAGCGGUUCUGAGACGGGUCCAGUUGGAGGUGGAAGAACCAUUUCCAGCCUGGGCCCGAGUCCUGCUGUGUGCCCUGGUCGUUCUGGUUCUGGUGGCUUCUGGAGGCAUCUUCGGUUAUUUCCGGCACAACUUCCCGACAGGUCCCACAGUGAAGGUUGAGGAGAACUCGGGGGUGAAGUACGUCCUGCUGCCCUGUCACUCCACAGUUCAGCCCCUGGGCGACGUCACGGUGGAGUGGACCGACAGCCACGGCAAUAAGGUCCACAUAGUGGACCGGGACCACCAUAGCAGACCAGAGAAACAGAUCAGGUUCUACAGGAACAGAACCAAGAUGAACAAUGAGCAGCAAAGAACCGGCGACCUCAGCCUGGUCCUGGAACACCCCACACGGGCCGACUCAGACACCUACACCUGCUGGGUCUACAGCAGGAGGAGACGGGUUCUGAUGAAGAAGCAGGUCCAGCUCCAGGUCAAAGUCCAGCAGGUGGAGGUGGAUUCAGGGGUGGAUGCAGUCCUGCUACCCUGUCAAACCACGGUUCAGCUGCUGGCUUCUACAGUCGAGUGGAAGAACAGUGAGAACUGGACGGUCCACAAGCUGCAGGGCAGUUCUGACCCGCUUUCACAGCAGGAAAAGAUUUACAAGAGCAGAACCGAGAUGAACAAAGACUUUUUACAAACUGGGGACCUCAGUUUGACUCUGAAACAUCCCACAUUUGAGGACAGGGACAUCUACACCUGCACCGUCUACAGCACGGACGGAGAUGUCCUGAUGAAGAAACAGGUUCAGCUUCAUGUCAGAGACGGACAGGUGGAGGUGAAGGAGGGGGCGGAGUCUGUCCUGCUGCCGUUCAAAGUACCGCCUGAACUUCUUCAACAAGCCAAAGUCGUGUGGUGGCGCUAUGAACCUGGACCCGUGAAAAAGGUUCUUGUUUACAAAAAUGGUUGUAAUCGGCACUUUGAACCGGACCAGAGCCACAGAAGCAGAAGCAAGAUGAACGGAGAGCUGCUGAAAACAGGAGACCUCAGUCUGACCCUGAGCCGGCCCACAAACACCGAGAGAUACAGAUGUGGAGUCUGGAGAAAUGGACAGCUGCUGAUCUGGACCACGGUUCUGCUCACAGUCAGAGGACGAGUCCAGCUUCAGGAGGAACCUGAAGACCAAAGGGACAGAAGCUGCUCUAUGGACCUGACUCCACUCAUGGCUGGUCAGCCAGAUUAUUGAAUGGAGCUGCUUUAGAUCCACAACAAAGAUUGGUGAAGGGAGGACAGGUCCACUGUGUACUGGUCAGCUGAUGAGGGAUCAGUGAUGUCACAGUGAUGUCAGAGUGAUGUCACAUGAGGGUGAAGUUCUCAUUGUUUGUUCCAGAGGCAGUGAUUAACUUCUGUCUCCCAGCAAGCAAACCAGAAAGAGAUAAAACUAACGGAAUGCAGAGAGUCCAGGCGUGAUUUCUCUAAGAUGUUUUAUUACUAAACAUCAGAAGCAGGCAGUGAUGUCUCUGAUUGGUCCCCUGUGAUGUCCCGCCUUCAGACACGUGCUGUCCAUAUUAGGACAAAACUCCUCCCACAACACGACCAUAGCUUCUUUCGGGAAGCGAAGGACACGUGGACGCUCGUUAAGCGGGCAGGAAGUGAAGCACAGGUGGACACUCGUUAAGCGGACAGGAAGUGAAGGACAGGUGGACACUCGUUGAGCAAAAAAUAGUUUUGUCUACAGUGGAAUUAUUUUAUUUUUUAAU